AUUGCCGGUCAUUCGUGGGAUGCAAUGGAGGGGCAAGUCUAGCGAGGCCGAAGCUUUGUUCUUUGCCCCACGUACAGACAGCAGCGUCACUCUUCGGAUACGAGCAGCUCUCAAUCGCACCCCAAGCCUGCAACAGCACGCCUUCCGUACCGCACAUACAUGAGGCUUCCUCGCGCCGGUUUACCUCGCCCGCCUACGACCUGACGACGCCAGCCGCGCAAACCGCAGCGCGCAAUGGCCCCCCCACCUCCCGCGCCUGCUCCGAGACACGCACCCACGCACACGCUCCGCGCGCUCGCCACGCUGACGCCGCCCUCGAACUCACGCACCUGGCAAACGGCGCCGCACCCCUCGCAGCCCAUCGUCGCGACAGCCUGUUCGGACCGCAGCGUGCGCAUCUACAGCCUCACCUCGUUCACGCUCCUGCACAGCGUCACCGGCGGACACAAGCGCAGCGUACGCAGUGUCUCAUGGAAGCCGCACGUGCGUGGGCAGGACGUGCUUGCGACGGGCUCGUUCGACGCGUCGGCUGGCAUCUGGCGGCACGCGCAGCACCGGCUCGAGCGCGAGAUCACGUCGAGCACGGGCGUGGAGGACGACGACGAGGACGACGAUGAUGAGUACCAGUUCGCGUGCAUCCUGGACGGGCACGAGAGCGAGAUCAAGAGCCUGAGCUGGAGCCCCAGCGGGCAGUACCUCGCGACGUGCAGUCGGGACAAGAGCGUGUGGAUAUGGGAGGAGCUCGAGGAGGACAACUUCGAGACGGUGGCUGUGCUGCAGGAGCACGAUGGGGAUGUCAAGUGCGUGGCGUGGCACCCCGAGGAGGAUCUGCUGGUCAGCGCGAGCUACGACGAUACCGUGCGGCUGUAUCGCGAGGACGCCGACGACUGGGUGCAAGUCGCGUGCAUCACGGGGCACACGAAGACGGUGUGGUGGGCCGAGUUUGAGGGGAGUGGCAUGGCGAAGAGGGAUUUCCGCGCGAAGAGACUCGCGAGCGCUCAGCAGGAGCAGGAUCGAUUCGUUGAGGAGCUGGAGAAGUCGGGGCCGAGGUUGGCGACGUGCUCGGAUGACAUUUCCAUCAGGAUAUGGAGGCGGAAAGCGAGGGAGGGAGGACACAGCGCCAACGGUGGCAUGCCGAGUAUCAUCCGCAGCGCCGCCGUCGACGAGGACUGGUACGAGGACGCUGUGCUCCCGCAAGCACACGAGCGCGCCGUGUACUCCGUAUCGUGGUCUCGGCGGACAGGCAUGAUUGUGUCUGCGGGCAGCGACGGGAAGAUCAUAGUGUACAAGGAGAGGUGGAAGGUAGCUUCAGGGUCGCAGACGGAGGCAAACGGCGACACCGUGGUUCCGGAUGCUGAUGCGCCGCUUACGGAGUGGGUUGUUGUUGCGGAGCUGUUCUCUGCGCACGAUGUCUUUGAGAUUAAUCAUGUUGUUUGGGCGGAGCGGGCGGACAAGGGGAAGAGGGAGGGCGAGGAGGUGAUUUUGAGCACGGGGGAUGAUGGCGAGGUGAGGGUUUGGGUGUUGGAGGAGCAGGGAGAGAAGGGGGAGAAGGAGGAGGAGGGUGCUGCGCCGCAGGUAUGAUGUGAGGUUGAAUACGAUACAAUAUAAAGAGGUCGCUGUCUACGUACGUUGAGGGUUGGAAAGUCUCAACGUAGGUUUCCAAGGAACCGCGAGUGGCAUCAAGACAGAGACAGAUGUAUAUAUCCACACCAUUCGAUAGUGACGAUAGCCUGAAUCGGAUAUCUGCAAGUUGACAGAACC